UACACAACACAACACAAACCAGCCAACCCUGCCUCCCUGCCGACCAAACCCUACGCACGCCCGCUCCUCCGAUCCACCUCUCCCCGAUCUAUAUAAAAGACCACCGAUUUUGAAUUCUUCCCCCGGAUUCCUCCGCAGCUCCUCCGAAUCGGAGCCCCCCGCGCUGUCGGGGUCGGGAUCUGAGGUGCUUUAAUUUGGGGGUGGAUGGCGGCGGCGGAGGCGGCGCUGGAGGGGAGCGAGCCGGUCGAUCUCUCCCUGCACCCCUCCGGCAUCGUCCCCACGCUCCAGAAUAUAGUGUCAACGGUCAACUUAGACUGUAAAUUGGACCUGAAAGCAAUAGCUCUUCAGGCACGCAAUGCAGAAUAUAACCCCAAGCGUUUUGCUGCAGUUAUCAUGCGGAUAAGAGAACCAAAAACUACUGCACUGAUAUUCGCAUCUGGAAAAAUGGUCUGCACUGGAGCAAAGAGUGAACAGCAAUCGAAACUUGCUGCUAGAAAGUAUGCUCGUAUAAUCCAGAAGCUUAGCUUUCCUGCAAAAUUCAAGGACUUCAAGAUCCAGAAUAUUGUUGCAUCUUGUGAUGUCAAAUUCCCUAUAAGGCUUGAGGGCCUCGCAUAUUCUCAUGGCGCUUUCUCAAGUUAUGAGCCAGAGCUAUUUCCUGGCCUGAUUUAUCGGAUGAGGCAGCCUAAGAUUGUCCUACUAAUUUUUGUUUCAGGCAAGAUUGUUCUGACUGGAGCAAAGGUGAGAGAACAGACGUAUACAGCCUUUGAGAACAUAUAUCCUGUCCUCACAGAGUUCAGAAAAGUUCAGCAAUGAUGAGGACUUUGGAAGGAAGCAGAAUUGGAGAUAUUGUUGCUUGCGUCCCGCUCCAACUUCCAAGUGUACAUAUAGCCUGGUUUCCAGUGGAGCAUAUGCUGUCCAUCAGAUUUGGAUUUUGGAGUACCUGUAGUCGCAAUCGACUUGAGUCUUGUUUUGUGAUGGAUCAUGACUGAAGAUGAUAUCUUUCAGGGACAGUUGUUAUCACCUGAAUUGAUCUGUGGAAGGCUAAUGAGACCAAACAGAUUUUGCUCCUGGAUUCUAGUGUCUUUUCUGAAUGGUUCUGAUGAUGAAGAGGCAACCAAGUGUGUUUUUGUUUCUUGACAUGUUAAAAGGACUUCUGGCAAUGUUGGGCAAACUUAUGGGUCAAAUAGGAAAAGGAACUUGUAUC